AUUUGAACCUUCUUUCAUUACGACGUUUUACUAUCAUGGCGGCCGCCGUAGGCAGGAUUUGUGGGGCACGACUUUUGAAAAAUUAUGGCAUAGUUACACCCCAGGUGUAUCAGCUGUCCACAAGUACUCAAGGAUGGACUAAAAGUAGGAAAUUGUGGUUAUCCACAUUGGGUGUCGUGGGCGGAGGCGUCGGAGCCCUGCUGUUUGCUCUGGAACAAUCGGUGCAGGCCUCUGGCACUGAGGCUCACCCCUACCACCAGCCGUGGAGCCACGAUGGAUGGUUCAAAUCCCUUGACCAUGCCAGUGUCCGCCGUGGCUACGAAGUGUACAAACAAGUGUGCAAAGCGUGCCACUCCCUGCAAUACAUCGCUUUCCGUAACUUGGUCGGCGUCACCCACACGGAAGCUGAGGCUAAGGCGGAGGCCGCCGAAAUCAUGGUCAAAGACGGGCCCGAUGAGGAAGGAAACUACUUUGAAAGGCCGGGCAAGCUCUCGGACUAUUUCCCGUCACCAUACCCCAACGAAAACGCUGCCAGAGCUGCAAACAACGGCGCAUACCCACCGGACCUUUCGCUGAUCACGUCCGCGCGCCACGGCGGCGAGGACUACAUAUUCGCGCUGCUCACCGGCUACAUGGAGCCGCCCGCCGGCGUGCCGCUGCGCGAGGGCCAGCACUACAACCCGUACUUCCCGGGCGGCGCUAUAUCCAUGGCGCAGAGUCUGUUCGACGAGGCGGCCGAGUACAGCGACGGCACGCCAGCCACCGCGUCGCAGCUGGCCAAGGAUGUGGCCACGUUCCUGCGGUGGUGCGCUGAGCCCGAGCUCGACGAGCGCCGCCAGAUGACCAUCAAGGCGCUCGGCAUCUUCUCCAUGCUCGCCGCAGUCGUCUACUACUACAAACGACACAAGUGGUCCGUCAUCAAGAGCAGAAAACUAGCCUAUAAACCAGUCUCUAAGAAAUAAACGUGUAGCGCCUUUUAGACAAUCUUAUUUUCAAUAGACAGUUCAUGUUAUAUGUUUAUAUUUAAAUUAAAAUAAUUUAUUUUUAAUCUGACGAUUUAUUUCCUACGCUGUUACCACGCUGCUCGUUCGGUAUGAGUGAUGUAAUUUAUUGUUAUGGGUGAGCACAGACUUAACAUUAAUAGGUAUUAACUGUGCUAAGUGAUAUUCCAAUAACAACUUAAAUCAAUGUACAGUCAAUAAAUGAGUUAUUGAAAAUUA